AUAAUAAAAAUUAAUAUUUUUCAUAAGUCAAAAUAAUUUUUUACAAUACGAAAAGUAGAAUGACCAAUUAUGAAAUUUAGAAAAUGGAAUAUUCCAAGAAUAUUAUGUUAACUUCAACGGAAUGCACUUAACAUUAAGUGGUACCGGGUGCACAAAUAAUAGAGUUCAGUAGUACCCGAUGCUCUAUUCAAAUUUAAGUGGUAUGUUUGUCUCAAUUCUCAAACUUAAAUGGUGUCCGAAGUAUUUUACCCGCUACAAAGAUUAAUUAAAAAAAGGUCACGUCUCAAUUAGGCUCGUAGGGUGGUGGAAAAGUACUAAUUGCCAAUUGGACACUUGUCUAGUUUGUGGCUUUCACACUUUUGCCACUCUCGCACCUUGUUUUGACGCAUGUCCCUCUUGUAACGUUCACCCUUUGCGAGAAAAUAUAGUUUAUACUUUGGAGAUCGAAUCAUAAAGAACACUCACAAAUCACAACUCUUGCAUAUGGUGAAGCUUCCUUGAUAACCGUACAAAUUCGGAAGAAUCCGAGUCCCACCGAUCUCUUUGUUUGCACACUCGACAACACCAAGCAACCCAAAAAAGCCUGCAAAUUCGUGGCUUCCAUGAAAAUGACAAAGGAAGGAGAAGGAAGAAGAAAGACGAAAACAGAGGACGUGAGGGCGAAGGAAAACAGAGGAAGGAGAAAAAAGAAAAGAUCAAAACUUUAAGCAACAAUUUCCCUCUAAGCAGUAGUUUACAGUAGUGGGUUGGUACGGAUGUAGUGCUUGUUUGUCAGUCUCAAGUUGAAUCCUCACCUCAUUGCACGAACAAUAAGGAGGAGGGUUCACUUCACCUCCCCACUUUCUUUCUCCGCCCCCAACAUUUUCAGGGUUCUCUCUUUUGCUCCUUCCAUCGGAUUUUCGCCAUGGCGGCGGCGAAGACAACCCUGAAAGCAGGGACAAGGCCGCCGUGGGUAGGUCUCGGGGCGGCGGCCUGGGUCCAGAUUGCAGCGGGGAAUGCGUACAACUUCCCGCUUUACUCCCAUUCCUUGAAAUCCGUGCUAGGUUUCAACCAGCAGCAGCUUUCUAUGCUUGGAGUGGCUAAUGAUAUCGGCGAGAACGUUGGGGUUAUCCCUGGAAUCGCCUGCAAUUACUUGCCUCCGUGGGUUAUUCUCCUCGUCGGAUCUUUGGCUUGCUUCUUUGGCUAUGGCGUCCUGUGGCUCUCCCUUAGCCGCACCGUUGAAUCCUUGCCCUACUGGGUGCUCUGGCUAGCGCUAUGCGUUGCUACAAACAGCAGUGCAUGGUUAAGCACAGCGGUGCUAGUGACUAACAUGAGGAACUUCCCUCUCAGCCGAGGUACAGUCGCUGGCAUUCUGAAAGGCUACGGAGGAAUCAGUGCAGCGGUAUUCACCGAAAUCUUCAACAUCUUGCUCAAUGGAUCCUCCUCCAAGCUCCUCAUGUUCCUUGCAGUUGGGACUCCCAUCCUGUGUUUUGCAGUGAUGUAUUUUGUGAGAGCUUGUACUCAAUCAUCUGGUGAUGACCCUUCCGAAAAUUCCCAUUUCCUCUUCAUCCAAGGAGCUCUUGUAGUGCUUGGCGUGUAUGUUCUGGCGAGCACUAUACUUGAUCACUUGCUUACCCUGAACCCUGUGGUUUGUUACACAAUUCUGGCGAUACUGUUCGCCCUCCUUCUGGCUCCUCUUGCUGUUCCCAUUAAAAUGACUUUUGUUCGAAUGAGGAGUAGCAAAUCAGUGUCCAUCGGCGAGCGGGUGUCCUCUACUGACUCCUUGGUGCAAGGGGAUGGGUGCAUGGAGAAAGCUGAGCCGUUGCUGAUGAAGACGUCUUCGUCCACAACUAUAAGUGAGAGCUUUAGGGAAUGCGACGAUGGAUCCGAGGUGGCAAUGCUUCUAGCUGAAGGGGAAGGAGCAAUAAAGAAGAAGAGGAAGCCUAGAAGGGGGGAGGAUUUCAGUUUCAGUGAAGCUGUAGUGAAAGCUGAUUUCUGGCUCAUAUUCUUUGUUUAUUUCGUGGGAGUUGGCUCUGGCGUGACCGUGCUCAACAACCUGGCUCAGAUAGGGAUUGCACAAGGAAUGCAUGAUACCACGAUCCUGUUGUCUCUCUUCAGCUUCUGCAAUUUUGCAGGGCGUCUUGGUGGAGGCGCGAUCUCUGAACAUUUCGUAAGGACGAGAACAAUCCCUCGAACAGUAUGGAUCACAUGUGCUCAAGCACUGAUGGUUGCAACAUACCUCCUCUAUGCAUCUGCCAUAGACGGGACCCUCUACAUAGCAACUGCACUGCUCGGUACAUGCUACGGGGUUCAGUUCUCUGUCAUGCUCCCCACAGUGUCGGAGCUUUUCGGGCUGAAGCACUUCGGUAUCUUCUACAACUUCAUUGCACUAGGGAAUCCUAUCGGCGCAUUCCUCUUCUCGGGCCUCCUAGCAGCAUACGUGUACGAUACCGAGGCAGCCAAGCAGCGGGGAUCGAAUAGUAUGUUGCACAGUUCUGGUUUCUCUUGCUUGGGUCCAGACUGCUUCAGGCUAACCUUCUUGGUUCUUGCCGGCGCCUCUGCCUUGGGCUCCAUCUUGAGCUUCGUACUAACCUUGAGGAUCAAGCCAGUUUACGAGACCCUUUAUGCUGGCGGUUCGUUCAGGCUGCCUCGGACGUCUGAUGAUCAGUAGCAGGGGUUGUUUGUUGUUGUAGAAGGAGCGAGUAGGUGGCUGAAGGUCUUAUUUUUGGAUGACCUAAGGAAGCAACAUAUAUAUGUGUGUAAGAUUUGACUAUUUGUAACACUGAACCUGGGCCUUGCGCUUUGUUUAGCUAGGAUGGGCAAACCUUUGUGUUUAAUCUGGGUGGCUGCAUAAACUGUGAUGCAGCGUCCUUUGAAUUUGGUGAGUUGUGUUCUAACUAUGGGGCAACCAACUUUGUGUCAUUAGACGAAUUCGACACACUUCUGGGGACUGCAAUUAUGAGGGAUGUCUGGAUAUGUUGUAUUAAGGUAAAGGGUGGUGCACAGCCACACUUUAGAUGUAUACCUACUCGAUAACUUCAUGAGUGUUUGAUUCAAAGCAUUCAUGCAAAAUACCAGAGAGGAACUGGAAUUAAACUAAGUAGCCAAGUAGUAAAAAGAAGAACAAAAAGAGAUGGUCCAGUUUGGACAGCUCAAGAGGCUAUGUAGGCUCAAGAGCCACAGACCUGUAAUCCUUCCACUACCCGGAGAGGAAGGUAUUCGCUGCUCUGUGAAACCAGCCCUAGCGCAUUACCCUUCGCUCUAGGGACCAUGACACCUCCAGUCUUCACAAAGACACCAUGGUCCAACUCCUGGUUUGGAACGGGCAAGUCAGAUCUGGCAACCAGAGCCAAACCUUUGAGGCUGACCCAGUGUCCCAUCUCAGUAAUGCCUCCACUUGGAUCACAAGCUCUCGUUACAGAGCUCGGCGAAGGCCAACAGUUUCGUAAAUGAAUAUAAAUAGCAUUU